CGACAAUAACAGUAGUCAAUACUUUAAGUUGACUGUGUAGCUAUCAUGAUGCUUACGGACAACAAUAAUACCAGUGCAAUAUACAACCUUGAAGAAGUGACCGACAGUAGUAGAACUACAGAAAGUGAACCCAUCGUGAGCAAUAGGCCAUCGUCGCCACGAAAGUUCUUCGAACGGCUUUACGGUCACCUGGAAAAGGGGAAUCCCACUCCUCCUUGUGACCAGGCUAGUGUAGUGACUGAAAAUGCCCGCAUCCAAACUAGUGAUAGCCAUCGAUCACCAUCGGUGAGUUCCGACAGCACGUGUCGAUCUUCUCCCACAUUGGAUAUUGAAGAUACGGAAGAGCUCAGUUCCUUCUACGGUGAUGAAGUGCGAACCGGAAAUUCUUACAAUCAGCGAACGUACCCAGGAUAUACCGCUUCGCAAUCAUUAAACCAGACAACGUUUGGACAUCAAGGAUUAGCUGCCGUGCAACCACUGACACCACUGGUUGGUUCUUAUGGUGGUGGUACGUUCAGGCCUUUCUUCGGGCUUGGACCAGACGGAUCACAAAUACCGGCGGGAUUGUCUGCAUUUCUGGCACGACGGAGAAAGAAAGAAGGACGACCCCGGCGUCAAAGGACCACUUUCAGUAGCGAACAAACACUUCGGUUAGAAGUUGAAUUCCAUCGCAACGAGUACAUCUCUCGAGGUAGACGAUUCGAGCUGGCAGAGGUUUUGAAAUUAUCGGAAACUCAAAUCAAAAUAUGGUUUCAAAACAGACGAGCCAAAGACAAACGCAUCGAGAAGGCUCAGAUUGAUCAACAGUACAGGGCCUUUGCGGCUGUCAAUGGUUUAUUUUCUCCUUUCAAUUCUCAGUAUCCUCAAGUGCUUGGAACAAAUAUGACUGCAGCAGCAUCGACAACACCCAGUUUCUAUGACCAAUUUAACGCUUCAUCUCGAGAUGAUCACAGAGGUGGCAAAUGA